AUUGGAGUGUGGAGCAAGCGGCCGGUCUGCAGUCGGAGACUUGCAGGCAGCAAACACGGUGCGAACGAACCUGAGGGGGGUGGGAAAUAAAAAAGCUAAACGUGGAGCAGCCAGCCGGGGACCGAGAAGGCAUAAUAGAUGCGAGGAGCGCAAUAAAAAAACCAAAACAAAACAGCCCACUUCGGAGCAAACAGCAUUUAAAAAAGCUACGACUCAAGAUAACUGAAACCUAAAAUAAAACCUGCUCAUGCACCAUGGUUUUUCAAACUCGGCACCCUUCAUGGAUUAUUUUAUGCUACAUCUGGCUUCUCCGCUUUGCACACACGGGGGAGGCACAGGCUGCGAAGGAAGUAUUACUAUUGGAUUCUAAAGCACAACAGACAGAGCUGGAAUGGAUUUCCUCUCCACCCAAUGGAUGGGAAGAAAUUAGUGGUUUGGAUGAGAACUACACACCAAUACGAACCUACCAGGUGUGCCAGGUUAUGGAACCCAACCAGAACAACUGGCUGCGGACUAACUGGAUUUCAAAAGGCAACGCACAAAGGAUUUUUGUAGAAUUAAAAUUUACCCUGAGGGAUUGUAACAGUCUUCCUGGAGUACUGGGAACUUGCAAGGAAACCUUUAAUUUGUACUAUUAUGAAACAGACUACGACACUGGCAGGAAUAUAAGAGAAAACUUAUAUGUAAAAAUAGACACAAUUGCUGCUGAUGAAAGUUUUACACAGGGUGACCUUGGUGAAAGAAAGAUGAAGCUUAACACUGAGGUGAGAGAGAUUGGACCUUUGUCCAAAAAAGGAUUCUAUCUUGCCUUUCAGGAUGUAGGGGCUUGCAUAGCUUUGGUUUCUGUCAAAGUGUACUACAAGAAGUGCUGGUCCAUUAUUGAGAACUUAGCUAUCUUUCCAGAUACAGUGACUGGUUCAGAAUUUUCCUCUUUAGUCGAGGUUCGAGGGACAUGUGUCAGCAGUGCAGAGGAAGAGGCUGAAAACUCUCCCAGGAUGCACUGCAGUGCAGAAGGAGAAUGGUUAGUACCCAUCGGAAAGUGUAUCUGCAAAGCCGGCUACCAGCAAAAAGGAGACUCUUGUGAACCCUGUGGCCGUGGGUUCUACAAAUCUUCCUCUCAAGAUCUCCAGUGCUCCCGUUGCCCCACUCACAGCUUUUCUGAUAAAGAAGGCUCCUCAAGAUGUGAAUGUGAAGAUGGGUAUUAUAGAGCUCCUUCUGAUCCUCCAUAUGUUGCUUGCACAAGACCUCCAUCUGCACCACAGAACCUCAUUUUCAAUAUCAACCAAACCACAGUAAGCUUGGAAUGGAGUCCCCCUGCAGACAAUGGAGGGAGAAAUGAUGUGACCUACAGAAUAUUGUGUAAACGGUGCAGUUGGGAACAGGGUGAAUGUGUUCCCUGUGGGAGUAACAUUGGAUAUAUGCCCCAGCAGACUGGAUUAGAGGAUAACUAUGUCACCGUCAUGGACCUACUAGCACACGCUAACUAUACUUUUGAAGUUGAAGCUGUAAAUGGAGUUUCUGACUUAAGCCGAUCCCAGAGACUUUUUGCGGCUGUCAGUAUCACCACUGGACAAGCAGCUCCCUCGCAAGUGAGCGGAGUAAUGAAGGAGAGAGUGCUGCAGCGGAGUGUGGAGCUUUCCUGGCAGGAACCAGAGCAUCCCAAUGGAGUCAUCACAGAAUAUGAAAUCAAGUAUUAUGAGAAAGAUCAAAGAGAGCGGACCUACUCAACUCUAAAAACCAAGUCCACUUCAGCCUCUAUUAAUAAUCUGAAACCAGGAACAGUGUAUGUUUUCCAGAUUCGGGCUUUUACUGCUGCUGGCUAUGGAAAUUAUAGUCCCAGACUUGAUGUUGCUACUCUGGAGGAAGCUACAGGUAAAAUGUUUGAAGCUACAGCUGUCUCCAGUGAACAGAAUCCUGUUAUUAUAAUUGCUGUUGUGGCUGUAGCUGGGACCAUCAUUUUGGUGUUCAUGGUGUUUGGCUUCAUAAUUGGAAGAAGGCAUUGUGGUUAUAGCAAAGCCGACCAGGAAGGGGAUGAAGAACUCUACUUUCAUUUUAAAUUUCCAGGCACCAAAACCUACAUUGACCCUGAAACCUAUGAGGACCCAAAUAGAGCUGUCCAUCAAUUCGCCAAGGAGCUAGAUGCCUCCUGUAUUAAAAUUGAGCGUGUGAUUGGUGCAGGAGAAUUUGGAGAAGUCUGCAGUGGCCGCCUGAAGCUUCCUGGGAAAAGAGAUGUUGCAGUUGCAAUAAAAACCCUCAAAGUUGGUUACACAGAAAAACAGAGAAGAGACUUCUUAUGUGAAGCGAGCAUCAUGGGACAAUUUGACCACCCAAAUGUUGUCCAUUUAGAAGGGGUUGUCACAAGAGGAAAACCAGUUAUGAUUGUAAUAGAAUUCAUGGAAAAUGGAGCCCUUGAUGCAUUUCUCAGGAAACACGAUGGACAAUUUACAGUUAUUCAGUUAGUAGGAAUGCUGAGAGGAAUUGCUGCUGGAAUGAGAUAUUUGGCCGAUAUGGGCUAUGUUCACAGGGACCUUGCAGCUCGCAAUAUUCUUGUCAACAGCAAUCUUGUUUGUAAAGUGUCAGAUUUUGGCCUGUCCAGGGUUAUAGAAGAUGAUCCAGAAGCUGUCUACACAACAACUGGUGGGAAAAUUCCAGUAAGAUGGACAGCACCAGAAGCCAUCCAGUACCGGAAAUUCACAUCAGCCAGUGAUGUAUGGAGUUAUGGGAUAGUCAUGUGGGAAGUUAUGUCUUAUGGAGAGCGACCUUAUUGGGACAUGUCAAAUCAAGAUGUUAUAAAAGCAAUUGAAGAAGGUUAUCGUUUACCAGCCCCCAUGGACUGCCCUGCUGGUCUUCACCAAUUGAUGCUGGAUUGCUGGCAGAAGGAGCGUGCAGAGAGGCCAAAGUUUGAGCAGAUAGUUGGAAUUCUAGACAAAAUGAUUAGAAACCCAAAUAGUCUGAAAACACCCCUUGGGACCUGUAGUAGGCCAAUAAGCCCUCUUCUGGAUCAAAACACUCCAGACUUCACUACUUUUUGUUCUGUUGGAGAAUGGUUGCAAGCUAUUAAGAUGGAAAGAUAUAAAGAUAACUUCACAGCAGCUGGCUACAACUCCCUUGAAUCAGUGGCCAGGAUGACUAUUGAGGAUGUGAUGAGUUUAGGGAUCACACUGGUUGGCCAUCAAAAGAAAAUCAUGAGCAGCAUUCAGACUAUGAGAGCACAAAUGCUACAUUUACAUGGAACUGGCAUCCAAGUGUGAUAAGCGUUUCUCCCUUAUGAGGGAGACUGAACUGCCGAGAGAACAGUACUGGCCUUCAGUAUAUGCAUAGAAUGCUGCUAGAAGACAGUUGAUGUCCUGGGUCCUUCCUCCAGUGAAGAGAAGAUUUAAGAAGCACCUAUAGACUUGAACUCCUAAGUGCCACCAGAAUCAAUUUAAAAAGGGAAUUUAGGAUCCACCACUGGUGGCCAGGAAAACAGCAGUGACAAUAAACAAAGUACUACCUGAAAAACAUCCAAACACCUUGAGCUCUCUAACCUCCUUUUUAUCUUAUAGACUUUUUAAAAUGUACAUAAAGAAUUUAAGAAAGAAUAUAUUUGUCAAAUAAAAUCAUGAUCUUAUUGUUAAAUCAAUGAAAUAUUUUCCUUAAAUAUGUGAUUUCAGACUAUUCCUUUUUAAAAUCAUUUGUGUUUAUUCUGCAUAAGGAUUUUGUUUUAGAAAGUUGUUUAUAGCUUUGGACCUUUUUAGUGUUAAAUCUAUGACACAUUACUACACUGGGUACCUAUAAGAGAAUCUCAAAUUUAAAACAAUAACAUGAUUGACGAGAUAUUUCUAUCAAAACAUCGGUAUCCUUUUUGUGCCAUUUUAUUCUGUUAAUUCAGUAGUGUUUUGAUUUCAUUUGCUAAUUGGCAGGUAGUCAAGUAAAUGCAAUUGCCAAGAGUUUUGAUUUUUUUUUAAUAUUUUUUUACUAGAUCUGACAACACAUUAUCUUUUCAAUAAAAAAGCAAUAAUGACCCAUAAAUACUAUAUAAGGCACUUUUAACUGAUCGUUUAUAGAGUGAUUUUACUAGACAGAAUUUAAUAAUAAAAAACUAAAAUUUUAGGUUUAUGGCUAUUAAAAAAAAAGAUGAGGCACUUCAUCUAAAGAAAGUUGGUGAAAGCAAGUCUCUGAAAGCAAGAACUAUCCAGUGUUAUAUUAUCUAAAAUUUAAUCUGAGCACAUCAAGAUUUUUUCAAUAUUGUGACAUUAGGAAAUUUAAGAGUAAUAGUUGACAUAUAUUUUAUAUCCUACUCUGUUUAAUGCAGUCCAAACAUGAAAGAAAAUAAUUGUUUUAUAUUAGAACUCUGGAGCAUGAAUAAAGGGGAAGUUCACAAUUUUCACUUUUCAAAACAAAUUUGCUGCAUAGAUAUCAUCCUUGCAGUUUAAAAAAGUCUUUAAUUUGUGAACACCGAUGCAAGAAAUUUAUUAAAUGAAAGAAUGCUUAUUAACAUGUAAGGAAGAGGUAAAUGACCUGGCUUGUUUUGUUUUGUUUCUUAUGUUUUAUUUAUUAAACCAUAUUAUUUGAUUACUGUGUUAAAAUUUCAUAAGCAAUAAUUAAAUGUGUCUUUAUAGAUAUUGCAAGAAUGUAUAUGUAUUUUGAGUAAUGCUUUCAAAUGUUCUGAAAAUCAUGAACUACCCCAGAAUUGAACUGUUGUACUUCCAAAGAAAAUUGGGCUGUUUAUAAUGACUUUAAUAGAGAAAGAUCCCAGGGAUCGGUCAUAAUUGGUCUUGUUUGAUAAUGUGGGCAUCCACAAACAAACAAAUAACAGAAACAAAAUCUGUAAAUGUUUCUUUGUAAAACUUGUAAAUUUUAUUUAUACUGUCUUGUUUUGUACACACAUUUCUCUGUAGUGGGCUCUGAAUACAUUGAAAAUGCACUAUAUUUUUCUAUUUUACUUGCAGAGCAUCACAAAAGAACAGGUAUUUUCAGUGCUACAUAAUGUGUUUUCCCACAUUUAGGACCAAAGAUGGCUAUAGAAAAACUCAAAUGGAUUGCUUCCCAAACCCCUCCCCAAACCCCCCUUUUUUUCUUUUAAAUUACUGUACAGUGUUAUUUGAUAGUUUAAUUUAUUUUUUGAUUGACUAGGAAAAAAAUCAUUUUAAUUUCACUAAAAUGUUUCUUGUCCCUAAGGAAAAACAAUGUGUAAAAAUAAUUUUAAUUAGCAUAAUACAGUCACAUAGACACUUCCAUUUGUAAUCUUUGUAAUAGACUGUAAAUAUAUUUUUGGAACUAUAACACAAUGUGCUUGAGGGUUAUUUUUCAGUGUCUGCAGUGUAUACAAGUGUUUAUACUAAGUACAGCACUUUACAAUUCGAAUCAGUAGCAUUGGCCUUUGUGAGAAUGAGUGAAAGCGUUUGAGUGAGUGUUCUUAAUUCCGUUUGGAUUCUAGACUCACUAAUAAUGAAGUUCUUUUCUUGCUCAUAGCUUAAGGUGCUUAUUUUUUCUAUUAAAAUUAAAUUAACAAAAAGCCAUUCUAGAAAUAGAAGACAUAGUAUGGUACAUGCAAACGGUGUCUUUCCUGCUUUUUUCUAGCACUAGAUUUAUAGUUGAGUAGUCUUUCUUGAGUAGAAGGGCAGAAUAAAAGUUUUUUUGAGUUUUUUUCAAAAAUAACUUUUUUCUUCAGCAAUAUACCUCAUCUGCCUUAAAUUUUUUACAGCUCUUUACAGGGAAAGGGGAGAAGGGAUGGGAAAGACACACAGCACAAUAGGAAAUGUAUGAUUACAUCACACUCUCUCGUUUGUAGGUUUCUUUUCCCAAUCAACAUUAUGAUUUUCAAAUACAUGUAUGUGAAAAGAAUACUUAGAGAAAAUGAAUUAACAUUGUAACGCUGAUUGUAAUACUCUCUUCCAGAAAGAGAUCAAACAGUAUAAUGAUAAGAAUGUACAACUUGCACCUUGAAAUCUUUUUUGAUAAAUUAGUGCUCAGGGGAGGAAAGGUAGAGAAUGCGAAAGUCAAAAAUAGAAUUCCAAAAUUAUAAAAAUGCAAAAGGAAAUGGCCUCCUUGCUUUCGUAGAGCCUCCUUUUAUAGAACACUGUCUUCACACUUGACUUGUGUUUUGCAUUCAGUACUGAAAUAAAAGAACUGUUUUAUUACAUCUGAAUCUAACAUUUUCUGAGCAAUUGGUCUGGGCCUUGUUUAUUAGAACUGGUGGUUUAUGCUUAUCAGAGCACUAUUAGUUGAAUCAUAUUGUAUACUUAUGUAAUCUACAUUAGCUAGUAAUAUUUAGGAAUAUAUUUUAAUUGCUCCUCUUAUCCGUGUUUUUAAGACAAUUAAAAUGGUGUAAUUCACCUCUCUUUUUUAUUUAGGUAAUGCUGAUAUUCUCCCUUUUGUUUCCUGAGUAGCCUAGGACUGUGCUACUCGCUGAUGUGCAUGUUCAAAUAAAUUACUGAUGUGUAUUUUUUUGCUAUAUGUGAGAAAUCAUGGGGAACGUGGGGCGAGAUGUGCUUUUUGUUGGUUGAAUUUGUCCCUCCUUGCCUAAGAAUUACUACAGGGGUCAUCCUUUUAUAAGGAGAAACUGCUUUUGAACAGUGUCUUCAAUGUAUCAAGCACAAGUAACUCUUUCUUCAACACAAAUCAUAAGUCUCUUUUUACCAGCUUAAAAUAAUAAACGAGUCUAUUAGACAAUGUAAAGAAAA